GUGGUGAUCUAUGCAUAGUUGCUCAUAGCUUUGUAUUAAAUGAGUGAAAAGAAAGAAAGCAACUUGGAGCUUUGUCAUCUCUUGCCUGUCUUCCUUCCUCCCUUUCUCUCUCUUUCUCUAUAAUCAAUUUGAGCUCUAUCUGAUCUUCAUCUUUUUUGGGUUUCUUUCUUGCUUCUGCAACUUGAUCUUCUUAUAAAAACUCCCUUCGUCGGUCUCUAUUAUGAUUUUUGGCUGAUCCAGAAGAAGAAGAAGAAGAAGAAGUGGAAGAAACAGGCUGUACUCAUGGAUCGUUCACUCUUGCCAAAGCCAGAUCAGGAGGUCUCAAAAGAACUCAAGCCAGAAAAUCAGGCCUCCAAAAGAAGGAAGGUGGUUCAGAAAACUGUUGUUAAAGUGAGGAUUGGAGCAAAUGUUGGGAAAUUAAAGAAUGAAGGGCCACCUUCUGAUUUUUGGUCUUGGAGAAAAUAUGGGCAAAAACCUAUUAAAGGGUCUCCUUAUCCAAGGGGCUACUACAGAUGCAGCACAUCAAAGGGUUGUUCAGCCAAAAAACAGGUAGAGAGAUGCAGAACAGAUGCUUCAAUGCUCAUCAUCACCUACACCUCCAGCCAUAACCAUCCAGGUCCUGAUCUCUCCACCACCAACUUGAUCCAACCACCAAAAGAACCCCAAAACAAUUCCAGUGCUGAAGAUCUCCCAACAUCCACAAAAGAGGAACAGCAAGAGCUACCAGAAGAAGAAGAAGAAGAAGAAGAAGAAGAAGAAGAAAAACAAAAUGAUCCCAUUGUGAGCACCACAGAAAAGGAGCCUGGUGAAGAUCAUGAUUUCCACUACAUACAAUCCCCAAUAAGUGGCUGCCUGGAUAUAACAGUUAAUCAAGGAGAAGACCCCUUCACAGUGCACCUAGAAAAAACCCAUGAAACACUGAGUCUUCUCUUGGAUGAAGAGCCCCUCUGUUAUUCCCAACUCAUGAAUUUCUCCACACCCUUCUCAGAAGAAAAUGACUUCUUUGAUGAGCUUGAAGAACUACCCACAUCUUCAUCCUUCACAAGCUUCAUGAGGAGCAAUUUUUCCGAUGAAAGGAUUCCUGUUGUCCCUUCUUGAUCCGAGUGUUCUUAGUACUUGCAGCUUUCGAAAAAAUGUAGUUAUAUGUUGUAUAUGAUAUACCCACUACCAGUAGUUUUUCUAAUUCCCAUUUCUCUCUCUCUCUCUCUCUCCUUUUAAUGUGCUCACAAAAUGAGAAAGUUACAUCACUUUGGCACGAGCAAAGUUAGUGGGUAGAUAGAUGUGUUUAUCUUUUCAUCUAGGAGAUUGUGAUUCAAUCCACCGAGUCCCACAUACACAAGUAGAGAGUGUAUGUGUGGUUGUUUCCUUGUACAUAUUAUUUAAAGAUGGCACGAGGAUCACGAGUGAAUGCUCAAAAGUUCUUUGUGACAAA